UCCAUUCUAGUUAUCUGCAGCAGCCAAAGAGAGAGAGAAGUGUAAGCUAGUAGCUUCCUUGCAAAAUUAGAAAGAAAGUAGAAGGACAUGGGAGAAGUAAAGGGAAGUGAAAUGUUGUUGAGGAGAUUAAACAAAAUUAAGCCCUACUUGGCUAUUUUGUCUCUGCAAUUUGGAUUUGCAGGGAUGUAUGUAAUUAGCAUGGUUUCUUUGAAGCACGGAAUGAGCCAUUUUAUUCUCGCCACCUAUCGUCAUGUUGUUGCUACCCUCGUCGUUGCUCCCUUUGCUUUUUUUCUCGAAAGAAAAAUCAGGCCGAAGAUGACCCUUCCUGUUUUUCUUAGAAUUAUUGCACUCGGUUUCCUCGAGCCAGUGCUAGACCAGAACUUAUAUUAUAUGGGGAUGAAGGCCACUUCAGCGACGUUUGCUUCAGCUUCUGCCAAUGUCCUUCCCGCCGUUACUUUCAUAAUGGCUGUUAUUUUCAGGUUGGAAAGAGUUAAUUUGAAGAAGGUGCACAGUGUAGCAAAAGUGAUAGGAACAGGAAUCACGGUAGGUGGAGCAAUGAUCAUGACAUUAUACAGAGGACCCAUCGUUGAGUUCUUCAAGUCCGGUGGAGUCAGCCACCAUGCAGCCGCCGCCACCACCACCUCCGAUGGAUCCUCCGACCAGCAUUGGGUCACCGGAACUCUCAUGCUCCUAGCCAGUUGCUGUAGCUGGGCUGGCUACUUCAUUUUGCAGUCAUUUACGUUGAAGAUGUAUCCGGCGGAGCUGUCUCUUGCAGCAUGGAUUUGCCUGAUGGGCAUGGUGGAAGGUGCGAUUGUCUCCCUUAUUAUGGAACGUGACAUGAGUGUCUGGAUAAUUGGUUUUGACUCCAGGCUUCUUGCUGCAGCUUACUCCGGGGUGGUGUGCUCUGGAAUGGCAUAUUACGUGCAAGGAGUUUUAAACAGGCAGAGGGGACCGGUGUUUGUAACAUCAUUUAGUCCUCUUUGCAUGAUCAUCACUGCAGCUCUUGGAGCCAUUGUGUUAGCCGAGAAAAUCCACCUUGGCAGCAUAAUCGGAGCGGUAUUUAUAGUGUUGGGACUGUACACGGUGGUGUGGGGUAAAAUCAAAGACCGUCGAAACGAAGAUACGAAUAAAUUUGGCGAUCAAGAAUUGCCGGUAACGAGUAAUUACGAAAAGACCAACGACGCCAACAACAACAACAUCACUCCGGCGACAACAUAACAUCUCUCUCUCUCAUCUCUCAUCUUUUGUAAUCAGGGCUGCCUGCUAUCUAUAUUUUCCUAAUUUUUCUUUUUCUUUUUUUGUUUCAAGGUAAGAUGAUAUUCAAACAUAUGUAUUUACCUUGUUACUUUUACUUUUUACUGUUGAGAUUUCAAUGCAAGUAAUUGAAGUAAAUCACCAAUUUUACUUU